CAUUGACAUUAACAUCUGAAGUUAGUUUCGGUCUUUACCGGUUAUUUUGGCGCGUUUGUAGUUGUAAUAGUUCAUGUUAUUUCGCAAAUUGUAAUUUAAUAUUUACCUAUUUCUUAAAGAUUUGAGUAUCACUGAAAUAUGGGGCUCUUAGAGUUGUGUGAAAAGUAUUUCCAAACCACGAAUCUGUACGAAGUUUUACAGAUUCCUGAAACAGCUUCGGACAAAGAAGUUAAAAAGGCAUAUCACAAAUUGUCUUUGAAAGUGCACCCUGACAGAGUGGAAGAAGCAGAAAAGUUAGAAGCUACUGAGAAAUUCAAGGUGCUGGGUAGCAUCCAUGCCAUUCUAACUGACAAGGAGAAAAAGGCCAUAUAUGAUGAGACCAAAUGUGUGGAUGAUGACGACUUCAAUGUCAUUGUAGACCGUGACUGGAGUUUUUACUGGCGAGUAUUAUUUAAGAAAAUUACUGAUGACGACAUCCGAGCUUAUGAAAAAGAGUAUGUCGGUUCUGAACAGGAGAAAAAAGAUAUCAAGCAAGUAUAUUUGAAUGCUAAAGGAGACAUGAAUUACAUUGUGGAUCAUGUACAAUUUGCAAGAACUGACCAGGAACCAAGAAUUAGGGAGAUAAUCAAUGAAAUGAUAAAAAGUGGUGAAGUACCAGAAUACAAAAUAUUUACUCAUGAACCAGCAAGUAAACGACUCAAGAGAAUUGCUAAAGAGAAAAAAGAAGCUAAACUGGCUGAAGAAAUGCAAAAGGAAAUGCAAAAAGAGAACCCAGGUCCAAUGAGUCUAGAACUGUCAAUAAAGCAGAAACAAAAAGAAAGAGCUCAACAAAUAGAUUCCUUUAUUGAUGGACUAGCUGCCAAAUAUGGAGGUACUGCCAGUAAACCAAAGGCUAAUAAAAGGAAAUCAUCUACAAAGCCUGAAACAGCUGUGAAAAAUAAAAGGCGAAGAUAGAUGUUUACUAUAUUUUUUAAUCAAUUUACAAAGUUACACAACUUUUAGUAUUGGAACCCAAAAACAGAUCUCAUAUCUUCAAAUUUAACAAAAUAGUAACAAUCUUUAGUUUAACAAUUUAAUAGAAUUUUGCUGUAUUGAAAUAACAAACAAGUUCUCUAUCACACCUUACUUGUGCGGUAAUUUUCAAGGCCAUUUUUCACGAAAAUUGUAUGUGUAAAGAAAAUUGCAGUUUCCAUUUAGAUCUUGGAAAUUCACUCUUCAUCUUCCAUUGCAACUUCCAACUGACUUUCAGAAUAAAAUGGACCUUGUUCAACAUAAGUAUGAAGCCUGCCGAUGAUAGUGGCAUCAAAUGCAGGAGAGUUAGCCAGUCUUUUUAUAAUAUCAUAUUUUGCUUCAUUUGUCUCUUUUGUAUAAACAAUAGACCUAUCCAUUAAAAACUCAAUGAAACCUGAAAAUGUAGUAAUAAUUAUCAUUAAUUAGGAUCUGAUUUGUUUAAUUUAUUAGUAAUUACUAGAGAUGUGAAAAAAUCCUUGUGGCACUUUUAUAUUUCUAAGUAUAAAUGUUUUGGAUUUAAAA